AUGGACUUGGUCAGGCAAAUGGUCGGGAAAUACUUGAGCAACCCACGAAGCAUUAUAUUGACGUCGCUUACAGGUAUCAGAGCCGUGGUUCCCGCAAAUGUCGACAUCGCCACCCAAGAAAUUAUUCAAAUGGCGGAGGAUGCCGAUCCGCUUAGUCAACGUACACUUGGCGUAUUGACCAAGCCUAACCUGGUAGACAAAGGAGCUAAAGACAAGGUUAUGGAGCUUAUUACCAACACGAAGGGAAAAGGUCGAUUUAAAUUUGGAUAUACCAUCGUUUGUAACAGGAGCCAGAGCGAUCUUAGCAUCACAUUCGACGAGCGUAAUAUAAAAGAGGUUGCUUUUUUCAACCUUAACCCCUUAGGGCUCUAUUCUAAAGCAGAGGACAACUUGUUGAUUAACGUCACCCGACGGAAUUUCCAAGGCGUCUCCGUGGAUAUUCGAGGAAGGAUACGAAAGAUCGAGCAACAACUAGAGAUUAUCGGGCCGGUAAGGCAGACAGCGUACGAGCAGCGAAACCACCUUAUUAACGUGGCUUUGAGGUUCCUAUCCGGAGCUAUAAUCAAUCAUGGCCCAAACAGAAACAACGCCAAAGUCAGCCGAGGACGGGAUAGUGGAAUGGUGACCGACAAAUACACCCGGUCCAAAGGAUUCGAGAUCGGCACGACAAACCCAUCUCUCAUGCCUUCAUUGUUCGCCGGGCAGUCACGAGCAUGGGGCUUCCACGCACAGAACCUUAUAACGAUAGUGAUACACAAAAUCUAUCACUUCAACCAUAAGCAAGCCUCCUUGGUCGAGGUCGAGUGCCAUGGGAAUCUGAUCACGAUAAACCACUAUUUCGCCGAGAACGUGCGAAAGGCACGAGAAGCACGUCUUAAAGUCAAACUCGAAAUGCUCGCGACAUGGAAUACAGGUGAUGGACGCGCCGAACCGCUCUUACGUUUAAAUGACAUUUUGGGAGUAGUAUUGAGCAACGAUGAUCACACGAUCCAAGACUUGCACGACACGCUAAAGUCGUACUACAAGGUUGCUCGGAAGAGGUUCGUCGAUGCCAUUUGUUUGCAAGCGGUUGAUCACUUUCUCGUUAGUGGCAAAACCAGCCCUCUAUGGGGUUUCUCCCCCCAUUUCAUCGGCAAGAUGUCGGACGCGGAGCUCCAGCUGAUCGCUGGCGAUGAGGAUAAGACUGUUAGUAGAAGGAAUAUGCUCGAAACGGAACUCGGCAGCCUAAAGGCAGGGGAGAAAAUUCUGGAAACUUGA